AGAAACAUUAGUGUCAGACUAGUUAACUAAUAUCUGAAUUAAUUUGCGACAAUAAGAAGCAAUAUGCGGGAUAGAGAAUCCUGAGCGACCCUUGAUAUUUAAUGUUAGGUUGCAACGCAUGUGAUCCAUUAAGACUUAAGACUUUAAGAGAGAGAGAGAACUUCUCUUUUGCUUUAGUUGGCGCUCUAGACCUUUCAUGUUACCUACUAACGGUCUAACGCACAACGUGUAAAACAAAAAGGACAAAAAGCCAAAGGCAAAGGGUAUCAAAAUUCAAUGAUAACCAUCUUAAGUUAAUUUUGCCAGAAGUUGCUACGGAGUAUUGUACUUUAUUUUUAUUUUAUUUUAUUACUCUUAGUAUUUGUUUAUUUAUUUUUCAAUCAGUGAUCUAGAUUUGAUACUCCUAUUAUUGUACAUUUUUUUUUUUUUUUUAUACCUGUAUAUUUUUGGUCCGAGAAAUAUAAGUAUAGUGGUUCAAAUCAAGCAGCCAAGUACAGUCCUACUGGCUACUGCUUUGUUCAUUAAGGGAAAAUGGAAAGUGGUAAGAGAAAGAUGACAACAACAAGAAGAACACUCACAAAAACAGGGUCACUGAACACGGGCGGGCGUCGACAUACUCCUAUCAAUGUCAUCAAUGACCAAGUUGUACAAAAACCCAAGCACCUUCAGCUUGGUGUUGCUGCUGCCGCUAAGAGAAAAACCUCCAGUUCUUCUGUUACCCCAGAAAACAGUCAAUUACAUGUAGUUCAGCAACAGCUUCAAGAGGAUUGCAUUACAGAUUCUAAUUGCAAACAAACUAGUAUAAUUAACUUAAGAUCUCCUGUUCAGGUUCUCAAGAAAACGAGAUCUGAACCAUUUAAGGUCAGCUCAAGCAUUGACAGUGAAUUGAGGAAGGUGAAUUCAGAGAAUUGGACCAACUCCAAUUCUCCUAAUCAAAGUCCCACUAAUGUAGCAGCGAAGAAGAAGAGUUGUGAUUCAGAUCAACAUCAACAGCAAGCAUUGAUACUCCUCAUGGAUUCCAAUAAAACCCAAAAUCUCUGCGAAGAAGAAGACGAAGAAGAAGAAUUAUUUACCGACAAAAUUAAGCAGAGUAGUGAUUAUGUUAAAGUUGAAGGUACAGAGGAGGAGGUUGAAGUAAGUCCAAUGGUGAUCCGUGGUCAUGUGGAUCAUUCACUUGAAGUUGAAGGUACAGAGGAGGUUGAAGUAAGUCCAAUGGUGAUCCGUGAUCAUGUGGAUCAUUCAAUUGAAAUUGAAGGUAAAGGCAAACUGAACAAGUCUGUUCACGAUCAUGACAAGCUGAUUAAACUUGAUAUCUCUGAUGAAAGCUUGACUUAUCCAAAGAAAAACAAGACUAGAAAGGUAGGGAGCCAACUUUCUUCAACUUGUACUUCAGUUUCAGCUUUAGUUUCAAGUUCGACUUCAAAUUCUACAAAGUCUGGCUGCAAACGAGAGGCCUUGAAUGAAUAUGAUAUCUCCGGCACCCCUAGCAAGUUUCAGACUUUAGUCGAUUUGGUAACGUGGAGAGAUGUAUCCAAAUCAGCAUUCAUUUUUGGAUUCGGAUCCUUCAUUAUAAUAUCAUCCUCCUUUACAAAAGACUUCAAUUUCAGCCUCAUUUCUGUUGCCUCCUAUUUGAGUCUAAUCUCUCUGGCCGUCGUGUUUCUUUAUAAGUCUUUUAUGAGCAGAGGAGUUAUGGGUAGAGAAGAUUGGCCUGAAAAUAAUGUCUGGGGGGAAGAAGAAGCAAUUUGGUUUGUAAAAAUGGUUCUUCCUUAUCUAAAUGAAUUUGUACUCCAGCUAAGAGGGCUGUUUUCUGGAGAUCCUGCAAUGACAAUGAAGUUGGCAGUGGUGUUGUUUGUCUUGGCAAGGUGUGGCGGCUCCAUCACGAUCUGGAAGAUGUUGAAGCUGGGCUUUUUUGGAGUUUUCGUCGUACCCAAACUUUGUUCCUCCUAUUCUGCUCAGAUUACUGCAUACGCCAAGUUUUGGGUUGGACGUUUCCGAGAUGUAUGGGAGUCAUGCUCACAUAAGAAAGCUGUAGCACUUUCUGUCUUCACCGUUGUUUGGAAUUUUUCUUCAACAGUUGCUCGUGCUUGGGCAGUUUGAUAUUCAUGGCAGCCUUCAUGUUGUUUGUGGCUUUUCGAUACUAUCAGCAAUCUUUGAUCACAGAUGAUUUUAUUGAGGUUAAGGAACAAACACAAACUGGGUUACACAAUGUUCAAAGAAGGCGCCAUUCAGCAACACACAGAUGCACAGUUCCAACUUGUUUGGAUCAAAAGAAACAAAACAAGAGCAAUUGAUAGAUGGUUUUGCCUUACUUGAUCAAGUUGUACGUACUUUAUACAAAUAUAGUUAACUUUAGAAGUUAGAAGCUCAUUCCUUGCUUCAAUAUGUCAACACUCAACACUCAACACUCAACACUCAACAAUAUCAUGAAUCAUGAUCCAACCAAUUUAUUGGAGUAUUUUGUGCCUGAAUUAUCAAACAAAGAUUUAUCCUCCCUGAUCCACAUUUUGGGUUACGCACAUAUGCAGACCUACCUAUGUAAAUGUUUAGGAAUAUUAAAUCAGUAGUAUAUGACUAUAUGCUCUUAAUAUGGUUGAUUAUGUUAAAUAUUAAUUCGCCUCAAAAAAUAACAACAAUUAUAUUGAUUGGACCACAUUGAACCUGGUUGUAACUUAUUUAAAUUUUGACAAGGUGAAAACAGUUCACCCAUAAGCGUGUACAGGUAUUAGCUCCAAAAAGUGAACUAAAAUGGUAGUACUGAUUAAUAAAGUAACAAGUUGAUGGAAUCCCGGAUAGAUAAAUUCGGAAAAUGUUACUCCCUCCGUUCCUUAUUAAUUUUCAUGUGUGGAGAAAAUACCAUAUUAAGAAAUGGGAAGAGAGUGUAAGAAAAAUAAAUAUUGAGAGUAUUUUUACAGGGAAUGGGAUAAUGUACAAAAAUAGAAACUGGAAAAGUACUAGGUAACUAUAGACACCGAUAAGAAUUAGGAAGUUGAGCCAGAAGCCCACAAAGGAACCCGGGUUUAUAUUGGGCCACUAACAAAAUGGGGAUUUUGUGCAUCGUUUUAAUACCCGUAUUUGGUUAUUGCUAAGGUAAACCAGCUUUCCUUCAAAAAAAAAAAAAAAAAAAAAAAAGUUAAACCAGUUUGGGGAAGAAGACAGUUGAGGAGAGAGUUGUGAAUUGGGAAUCAAGAAUUGGUGAAGUAUGUCAGGGCCGGAUAAAGUCUAUGUCGAUGUUCUAGCCGAUGCGAGACAAGCUUGCUACAAGGUGAAGCACUUCGACAGGCAACACUGUUCGAAGAAGAGGACUCAAAGAUUAUUGGAUGACAAUUAUGGUAUUAAAUCGCAACAAAUGAGUCCAGGAGAGGUCCGUUAACUCUACCCCAACCUUUCACCUACAAGCCUCCUGCUAGUUAGACCUCUCUUGCUUUUUGUUUUGCGAUCAUAUAAUUGAAUGCUCUCAAAUGUACAAUCUUUUACUAUACCCACAAGGCCACAAGUGAACUAAGUCAAUUCAGUCAUUGAUUUUAUAGCUUAUUUUGCCAGACUUCUAAAAACUGGGAAGACCACUGCUGGAUGAUGUCCUUCCAAUUGCCCUUUUGUGUUUUGGAUUCUCGAUCAUUAUGUUCUGUUUCUUCUUCUUCUUCUUGUUUUUUUUGGGGGGUCUUUUUGUGCUUAUUGUAUCAUGUGGUAUUCUGCCCUUAAGUGUUAACUCAUUCAUUACGGGAUGUAGUAAUUUCAAUGGAUUCUGUAUCACCACACAAGUAUCUUGUAUUGGGAAUUGUUAUCUUUCAGUUUGAUUUGAUGCCAAAAUCUAUAGAUUUUUCUUCUUUUCAGAGAA